AUCCGCGGGCAGACAAAAACGCGAUGUUGCACAACCGAUGUAAACAUUGCAAGUUUCAGUUUCGCAAACGAUUUUUCCUGUAAAAUUGUACAAAUUAGCCGGUUUUCUGCCGUUUUAAUCAUUCCCCAUAAAUGAAAUAAUGGAACUGUUUCUGUACCGCGGCGAGUGGGGUCUGCCCACCAUCGAUUACGACUGCGCACGGCUGUUGGCGUACCUCAAGUUUUCCGAAGCCAAAAUCACCCUCAACUUCAAUGGCAAUCCGUUCAGUUCGCCGACCGGGAUGCUUCCGUAUUUGGUAACGGAAGAGGGCAAAAAGAUCGGCGGGUACAACAAAAUAACGGAGUACCUACAGUCGCGAGGCUUCGACGCCAAUGCGCAGCUUGAAAACCAAAACUACAUUGUGAUAAACGGUUGCAUUCAGUAUGUGUUCGAGAACCUGUUUCCGUAUUUCAUGUACAGCCUGUGGGGCGAUCCGAAGAACUUGGACACCACGAGGGCACUGUACGCCAAGCGGAUUCCCAUUCCGUUUAAUUUCUACUGCCCGCGGAAGUACGUACUGAAGACGAAUGAACUGACCGUAUCGUUGGGCGGGUUUGCCUUGGAGGAUUCGGUUGAGCUACACGACGUCAAAGAUAUGAUGUUGAAUGCGAAGAAGUGCAUCAACUGGAUCUCGGAAAAGCUGGGAGACAAUCGGUUCUUCUUCGGGGACACCCCGAGCGAAAUCGAUGCCAUCCUGUACGGGUACCUGUCGGUGUUGCUGAAGCUGACCCUGCCGAACAACGUCCUGCAGAACCACGUCAAGCAGUGUGGAAAUCUAGUCAAGUUUGUCGAGCGGAUCACGACGAUCUAUUUUGCCCGGGAAGGGUUCACUAGCGCCAAUGGCAGCACUCCGGGGUCGUCCUCGUCGAAUGACUCGUCGAAAGCAAAGUCGGAACCGGAGCAGAAGUUCUACGAUGGGACGCAGAAGGACUCGGAUGACACGCCGUACGAGCGCCGGAAACGCUACGUGGUGUCGGGAAUUUUCGCUACCAUCGCGAUGGUAAGCUAUGCGCUUUUGUCGGGGAUUUUGACGAUUUCACAGCAUGAUCACGGUGGCGGAGCCAAUUUCAUUUCGUACGAUGAACCCGAGUAUGACGACGAAGAAUAGGAAUGUUGAUGAGGAUAGCGCCCGUUGUUGUUUGUUGAGAUGUUAGAUAUAAUUAAAACUAGGGUUGCUUAGUACAGCA